AUGAAGUUCGAUCUGGUGAACGGCGGCCAACCGCAGAGCAUGUCUGUCGAACCAGACCAUAGCCACACACACGACCAUUCUCAUGACCAUGGACAUUCCCAUGAGCAUCUAGAACACCCCGGAAAGUUUCUUGAACGCGACCUCCCUGACUUCACGGGUAGGGACUGGAACGAGCGUGCAUUUACGAUCGGCAUCGGAGGGCCUGUGGGAUCGGGUAAAACGGCUUUGACGUUAGCACUCUGUGAGAAAUUGAGAGAUAGAUAUAAUCUGGGGGUCCUAACCAACGAUAUCUUCAUCCCCGAAGAUCGAGACUUCCUUCAGACCCAUAACGCUCUUCCAAACCCCUCCCAAAUCGUCGCGAUCGAGACCGGUGGUUGUCCUCAUGCAGCGAUCAGGGAGGACGUCUCUGCAAACUUGGCAGCUCUUGAGAAGUUACAGACCGAGUACAAAUGUGAAUUAUUGCUCGUUGAGAGCGGGGGUGAUAACUUAGCAGCCAACUACUCCAGGGAGCUUGCCGAUUAUAUCAUUUACGUCAUAGAUGUAGCUGGUGGAGACAAAAUUCCUAGAAAGGGAGGACCUGGAAUCAGUCAAAGCGAUUUAUUAGUUGUCAACAAGAUAGACUUAGCACCAUAUGUGGGUGCAUCCUUAGAAGUGAUGAGACGAGAUUCUGACAUCAUGAGAGACGGUGGCGCGACCGUGUUUACGGCAGUGAAACACGGCACAGGUGUCGAAGCAGUUGUCUCAUUUAUUCUGGCUGCUUGGGAGUCUAGUGGAGCCAAAAAUCUCCCCACUUCAUCAUAA